UGACUGCAGGUACUAUUUCUGAAUGAGAGGAACCCCGUCGAGAAGAACCACCUGACAGCUCGUUGGACCGCCCACUCCCCCCUCCGCCCAGCCCCACCUGCAUGCGUCCACACCGCGGCUGCUUCACCGACCCUGACUGUUUCUCAGCGUUGAAGGCUAUAAGCCCCACACCCUGCGGCUGCCCUGCACUGAUUUAGACGUUUUUGCACGUCUCUCCCAGCGUCACAUCUCCGCCUCAUGUUCGGGGUUUCUUCGGACGGAUCAGGGAGAAUAAAGGAGGGAUGCGCGCAGGGUCCUUGAACGUCACAAAGAAGUUCACGAGGCUGACAGACUGAGGGAUCUCCUGUUGAUUCAACGCGUCUGUUCACCCCACACGUUUCAGGAAUAUUUCGGGAGCACACUUCUCACCUCUAUAUGGCAAAGUUCCUGGCUGAAUUACUGGGAUGCACACUUCCAGACAAGGGCAAUCCACCUUUGUUCGAGUGUCAGAGCCAACCCGGACUGAGGCCUUCCUCCAAACAGCGGCCAACCAUUUUUUUGACAUUAGCCAAUGAGAGCACACUGUUUGACAACAGACUGGACAACAUGCCUCAGACACCACCAUUCACGGGGCAGCUGAACACUAGCAGCUACAACAAGAACCUGUACCAGACCAAGGAAGAAAGCUACCCGGGCCUCUUUUAUCAUGACAACAACCUGGUGUCCGGGUCACUGGAGGCCCUCAUUCACCACUUGGUCCCAACUGUAGACUAUUAUCCAGAUAGGACAUACAUCUUCACCUUCUUGCUCAGCUCUCGUCUUUUUAUCCACCCAUACGAACUCAUGUCAAAGGUAUGUCACCUGUGCAUGGAGCAACAACGACUUGGCGAUCCCCAAGCUGACAAGUUGCGAGUCAGGAAAAUUGCUCCCAAGGUUCUCCAGCUGCUGACAGAGUGGACGGAAACCUUCCCAUACGACUUCAGGGACGAGAGGAUGAUGCGCAACCUGAAGGAGCUGACCCACCGACUGGCCAGUGGAGACGAGGUUUACAGGAAGGCAGUGGGCCAGAUGAGCCAGGGUCUGAUCAGAAGGUUGACUGUGCUCAGCCAGUAUGAGGAGGCACUGGUCAAGAUCAACGCCACGGCGGCAGAGCGAUUGACGGCUCUUAAGGCAAAGCCCCAGGCGUCCAUUCAGAGAGACAUGCUGUCCAUCUGCAACGACCCAUUUACUGUCGCCCAACAGCUCACACACAUAGAACUGGAGCGACUGAGUUACAUUGGACCUGAAGAAUUUGUCCAGGCUUUCGUCCAGAAAGACCCUCUGGACAACGAUAAGAGUUGCUUCAGUGAUCGCAAAAAGGCCAGCAAUCUGGAAGCUUAUGUUGAAUGGUUCAACAGGCUCAGUUAUCUGGUGGCUACAGAAAUCUGCAUGCCUGUGAAAAAGAAGCACCGAGCUCGAGUCAUCGAGUUCUUCAUCGACGUGGCACGGGAAUGCUUCAACAUCGGCAACUUCAACUCCCUCAUGGCCAUCAUAUCUGGGAUGAACAUGAGUCCAGUAUCUCGGCUCAAGAAGACCUGGAGUAAAGUGAAAACAGCCAAGUUUGACAUCUUGGAACACCAGAUGGAUCCUUCCAGCAAUUUCUAUAACUACAGAACAGCGCUGAGAGGAGCCACACAGAGGUCGAUCACCGCCAACAGCAGCCGAGAGAAGAUUGUCAUCCCUUUCUUCAGCCUGCUCAUAAAAGACAUCUACUUCCUCAACGAGGGAUGUGCCAACAGGCUGCAGAACGGGCACAUCAACUUUGAGAAAUUCUGGGAACUUGCCAAACAAGUGAGUGAGUUCAUGACCUGGAAGAAAGUAGAGUGUCCGUUUGAGAAGGAUCGCAAGAUUCUGCAGUACCUGCUGACUGCUCCAGCUUUCACUGAAGAUGCGUUGUAUCUGGCGUCAUAUGAGAGCGAAGGCCCUGAGAACAACAUGGAGAAGGACAGAUGGAAGUCUCUGAGAUCCACUCUGCUAAGCAGGGUCUGAAACUUCUGACCUGAAGAAACUAGAACGAUGACAAACCUGACAAGCGAGCUGUGCCCUGUAGAUGCCGCUGUUGUCCAAACAAAGUAUCCCUGUGUUGGAGGGGAAACGACAAUCUCUACUUUGGCUGGCGAAGAUCUCUUGCGUUCCCACCAGCUUCAGAUUUCUAUUGAGCUCUGCUUCCCCCUCUUGCUCUUUGUGCUGUAUAUUUCAGGACAGCUGUUUUUUCAACUGUUUGUAUGACUUUGUAGUCCUUUUUUUUUAAAAAAAAGAAAAGAAAAAGAAAAGAAAUGCAGCAAACCCUGAUUAACCUUCUGUGAACUGUGAACUUCAAGUUGUUGGGGCUGUUUGUUCCCCCCUGCCACUUUUCAAAAAGUUGUUUUUUUUCCCACUGAAGCUACAGAGUUAGCUGCUGGUUGGCUAACUCUGUAGAAAAGCUACUCUCGCUGGUUCCAUAAGCCAACAUUCUUUAUAUGAGGAACUCAACUUUCCCGCAACACUGUUACCAUUAAUCUAGCCAUUAUUUGUAGUUUUGUCUUGCCUCUCCCCUUUUGUACAAUACAUGAGUACUUCAUGUUUCUGAGGGUUUUGUUAAUUAUGUAAAGAAAAAAAUGCACUGGCUGCAAUUUUAAGAUCCAACAGAAUGUCUGUUUGUGUUGUAUAAAGUUUUGUGAUUCUCUUCAGCAGGAAGCAACACUGCCUUUUCGUUUAUCUUUGAGACACUCGAGACCUGGGUACGCCUUGCACAAAUUAAGGUGUCAGUGAGAUUUAACCAAAGCGUUUCUCAUGUGGUUGAACAGUAUCUGAAGCCCCUUCCACCCUACACCUCUCAGACAUAGAAACUGGGCUUAAAGAUGCUGUUAGGUGCUCUGACGGCAUUUCAUGUGAAGCAUAGUGAGGCCUUUGGCAGUGAGCUUAAACGGUAGGUGUGAUGAUAGUGUGUUUCCUGUUGUUCCUGAUAAUCAGUGUUAAAAUAGCCCUCUGCUGCUGAGAUAAGCUCUGCUAUGGGCUACUAUUCAUACUUUCUCCUUUUGUUCCUGCCCUAAUGUAAAACAUGAGUGUGGUUGUGCUGCCCCCUGGUGGCUCAGUUAGAAAAGUGAUUGGAUUUUGUGUGGUUGAAUUACUGAGUUCUGUUUAAAUUUUACAUGUAUUAAGUAAUAUCCUUUUGUUCUUAUUUUUCAUAUUAUUAAAAAGUUUCCUUCAUGUUUUAUUUAUAAAUCUGUUUGUGUAGCCCCGUUAUGUCCUUAAGCCAAUAUGUACUAUUAUUUUAUUGUUAUUUAAUUUUGUACUAGGUACAUAACAUGCUUAAGUAGUCAUCAGACUUAAAUAUUUUUUUUAUAUAAGUUUGUAUGAGACACUUAUAUUCCAAAGGUACUUGCUCAGACUAUGAAGUUAAAUAUUUUUGACUGAUGUGUGCUUUGCCUUGGUUGCUCCUCCCUCAACACUGAGUGCUGUUGUGCUUUGUUGUGUACAUACUGUAUUUCAUUUUUCCUCCUUGUGUUCAUUUGUAUUUGGACUGUUAAAAUGGAAUAGAGGAACUGUUUAUAAAUGAAUUAGUAGUGUUUAAAAGAGAGUUAAUAAAAUAAUGUUUCAAAAUA